UCACAAUCCACCCGAACACAACACACACACAUUACCCCAUCCGGACCGAGGACACGCCGAGUGUGGAAGGGCGAGCUGGACUCUCUGCCCACAUUUAGUCAUUUAUUUUCCUCAAUAUCCAUGCUUUGUUUGUUGUAGGCAAAAUAAAUCACGUGUUUUAGUUCUUUGCAACCAGCUGUUGAUUCAAGUGCCCCUCGGAAACAAAGACUCCACGGACGGGCAACUGACUGUUGGACCAAACGCUGUCGGAGGGUUAUUUUCAUAACAAAUGUGUUUUUAAAAGAGCGUGUGAUAGAUUGAAGAAUCGCCGGGGAACACGUGUUAAGAUGGACGUGAGGCUGCUCCUGAUUUUUGUGCUUCUUGGACUCAGCAGGGCACAACAAGAUGGUAACGAAUGCACCAAGGCCUCGGCCCAGUCCUGUGGCGAAUGCAUUCAGGCCGGAGAAAAGUGCGGCUGGUGUACAGACGAGAGCUUUCUGAAACAGGGUGAGCAGAAAUCCACACGCUGUGAUGAGAUUGAUGCUCUGAUAAAGAAGGGCUGUUCUGAUGCAAGCAUAGAAAAUCCUCGGGGUGCCGUUACAGUCAACAAAAACCAACCUGUAACAAACCGCACAAAGAACGGAGUGAAACUGAAGCCAGACCAGAUCACCCAGAUUCAGCCACAGAAACUCACCCUAGACCUCCGAUCAGGUGAAGCUCAGAAAUUCACUCUGAAAUUCAAGAGGGCUGAGGAUUAUCCCAUAGAUCUUUACUACCUGAUGGAUCUCAGCUUCUCAAUGAAAGACGAUUUAGAGAAUGUCAAAAACCUGGGAACCCACCUGAUGAAAAAAAUGCAAACAAUCACAUCUGACUUCAGGAUUGGCUUUGGCUCUUUUGUGGAAAAAACCGUCAUGCCAUACAUCAGCACGACACCAGCCAAGCUGCUGAACCCCUGCACAUCUGACCAGAACUGCACCAGUCCGUUCAGCUAUAAAAAUGUGCUGAGUUUGACUGAGGACGGAUCUCAGUUUAAUACCCUUGUCAGCAGACAGCAGAUCUCAGGAAACCUGGACUCACCAGAGGGAGGGUUCGAUGCCAUCAUGCAAGUGGCUGUCUGCGCGAAUCAGAUUGGCUGGAGGAAUGUUACCCGUCUGCUUGUGUUUUCCACGGAUGCUGGAUUUCACUUUGCUGGAGACGGAAAACUGGGCGGCAUCGUGCUUCCUAAUGAUGGGAAAUGCCACCUGCAGGAUAACAUGUACACCAUGAGCCAUUACUAUGACUAUCCAUCUAUUGCACAUCUCGUUCAAAAAUUAAGCGAAAACAACAUUCAGACCAUUUUUGCAGUAACUGAAGAGUUCCAGCCUGUUUACCAGGAGCUGAAAAACCUCAUUCCAAAGUCAGCUGUGGGCACUCUAACCUCCGACUCCAACAAUGUGAUAGAUCUCAUUAUUGAUGCAUAUAAUUCUCUGUCCUCUGAGGUCAUUCUGGAGAACAGCAGGCUGCCCGAAGGUGUGUCCAUCUCUUACAUCUCCCACUGCAAGAAUGGAGUGAUUGAAAAAGGAGAAAACGGGAGGAAGUGCUCCAACAUCUCCAUUGGGGAUGAGGUGAAGUUUGAGGUAGCGAUCACAGCUAAGGGUUGUCCAUCUAAUGGCAAGUCUGAGACGAUAAAGAUCAAACCGCUGGGCUUCACUGAGGAGGUGGAGAUCGUCCUCAACUUCAUCUGUGAAUGUGAGUGUCAUAAAGACGGAAUCCCAAACAGCCCAUCGUGUCACUUCGGCAACGGCACACUGGAGUGUGGAGCAUGCAGGUGCAAUGAUGGACGUAUCGGAAGGAAUUGUGAAUGUAGCAAAGACGAGGUGAGAACAGAAGAUCUAGACGCAAACUGCCGCAUGGAUAACGGCACCGACAUCUGCAGCAACAAUGGAGACUGUGUUUGUGGAACGUGUGAGUGUAAGAAAAGGGACAACCCAGAGGAGAGAUACAGCGGAAAGUUCUGCGAGUGCGACAACUUCAACUGCGACCGAUCCAACAACAAGCUCUGUGGAGGUCACGGCCGUUGUGAUUGCCGAAAGUGUAUUUGUGACGCUAACUACACCGGUAGUGCAUGCGACUGUUCUCUGGACACCUCCACCUGCCUGGCCAGUAACAAACAGACCUGUAAUGGUCGGGGCACCUGCGAGUGUGGCGUGUGUAAAUGCACAGACUCAAAGUUUCAGGGUCCGACCUGUGAAAUCUGCCCAACCUGCCCUGGAGUUUGUACUGAACACAAGGAUUGCGUCCAGUGCCGAGCAUUUGGUACUGGUGACAAGAAAGACACGUGUGAGAAAGAAUGCUCCUACUUCAAUCUUAAAGUAGUGAAGAUGAAGAACGAACUUCCUCAGCCCCACGACCAACCCUACAUCAAUCACUGCAAAGAGCGAGAUGCUAAUGACUGCUGGUUCUUCUUCUCCUACGCGUCUAAGAACGACAGCACCAUUGAGGUCCACGUGGCCGAGGAACUUGAGUGUCCCUCUGGCCCUGACAUCAUCCCCAUCGUGGCGGGUGUGGUCGCAGGAAUCGUUCUGAUUGGUUUAGCACUUCUGCUCAUCUGGAAGCUGCUCAUGAUUAUUCACGACCGCAGAGAGUUCGCCAAGUUCGAGAAAGAGAAGAUGAAUGCCAAGUGGGACACGGGUGAGAACCCCAUUUACAAGAGUGCUGUGACGACGGUGGUCAACCCUAAAUAUGAGGGCAAGUAAUGGACGAAUCUGUCCAACUCCAAGCAACACUGUACGCAGAACAAUUCAAGAGGAACGGAAGAGUUGAAUUUUACUUUAUUUUCUUUCUCUUUUUUGUGUUUGUUUUUAAAUCACCCUUUGGCUGUGCAUUUGCCACUGUUCAGUAUAAUCAAUUAACCUGUGUUUCUAUGCAUCGUUUUGGAACUGUACAGUAUGUAUAAACUUUUUUUAUGCAAUCUUAGACCAUUUAAAUUUUCAUCAUUUGUUUUAUUUUUUAUUUUUAGCCACAGGUCUGCCUUGUUUUUGCUGGAUGUUAAAACCAGUCGUGUUGGGUUAGAUGACAGGGGUUUUGUAAGUGAGAUGUGGUCAAAUAUGCAUUAAGAAUGUUAUUCACAAAGACGAGACACAAUUACCAGACCCGUCUGCUUCAGUUCAGUAACUAGUUGAACAUUGGAGUCUGUUUGUGUCUUAUGUUGGUACAGGGAACUUUCUGAACCUGUGGAUGGAGUGUCCUGUCACUGGUAAUAGUAGGUAGCUGUAGCGGACCACUGCUGUUUGUACACAUGGUGCUUUUAAUGUAGACGCAUGUCGUCUGCAUAAUUCUGGGAAAUUUGAGUCCAGUCAAUAAUGUUUAGGUCUAUAUGUGACUAUGGAUUUGUGUGCUCAGUUGCCUUUCUUUGGUCUGGCAAUCAGGUGGAUUAAUGACCUUUUUAUUGUGCACAUUAAUGAAUCCACAUUAGUAUCUUUUUAAUUGUCACAAUAUAAUUGACAUUUCAUCAGUCAAGUGUUUGAUUUAAAUGCCUUUGACUUGGAUUGAGUUUGAAAGAUAGAGGGUCAUUUUCUACUUUGUCUGUGAGUGGAACAAUCAACUUUACUAUUAAUAUUAUUGAAAACAUAAGUGUAAGGUUAUAUAAAAAAAACAUCUUCAGGUUUUAGAUUUGUUUUCAAGAAUGAGGAAAUUAAAUCUCAGGUCCCGAAUUUCUUUCACUGAUGCCAAAUAUUUACGUCUACUGUGCAAGAAAUAUAUUUUAUUGUUUCUGUUUAAGUGGACUUGCUUCACAUCUGCUUUUGUAAUUUAAUUUGUCCUUUUUUAACAACAUCAUUGUUCAUAAAUAAGCCUAACUGCUCAAAUCAUUGUUUGUAAAGAUCAGUGUUAUACUAAAGAUUACGUUUUUUUCUUUUCUUUUUUUAAACCUUUAAAGCUUUUAAAAGCUUAAUCACGUUAAACACACAAUUUGCAUUUUAAAGUGCCUCUUUUUUUUGCAUCAUGCCCUCUGUUUUUUGUGUCUAGGAGUUAUUUAUUAAAAUAAAGAACCUAAAACACUGGA